AGUGAAAGUUGUUUUGAACAGGAAGAGGAAGAGUGGAUUUAUUUUAUCAAAAACAAAAUGACAGUUGUAAUAAAACGAAGAAUUUACCCUUACAUUACGUUAACAACUUAUUUACUUCAUUUUCUUGCUUCAAGCAGCGUUAGUUUAGCAACGGAAGAAGGAAGUAAAUACAAACUUGUGCAGACCGCCAGAUUACUGGGUCUCAAUUUGAUAGAACCACUUCCUGCUCAGUUUAACACGACUUACCAUGGAGAUGUCACAGACAAUAGAAACGUUAUAUACAGUUAUACAGCAACAGAUACUAAGACACGUGCAGUGCGGAUAUUUACAACAGCAAAUGAGAGUGAGAAAGAUUACCCGACCAUAGUUGUCAUCCGGCAAGCAAGAAGUGUUAUGUCCUGGCAAAUACCUCUGUUGAUGCAAGAUUCAAGUUUAUUAUACGAAUAUGAAAGUGUUAGUCGCACACUUUGUCCAGUGGACACAAAUCAUACAGAGCAGAAAAUAAACGUGGAGAUUUCAACACAGUCCAAGAAAAAUGUCUCGUAUACACUUAAGGCAAUCCUUCAGGAUAACUUCAUGAUAGAGACAGAUAAACAUGAGGUAACAAGUUCACCGUCUAAUCCUGUGUUUGCCAAGUAUACAUUUCCUGAAGGUGUUCAGUCUGUGCUUGUUAGAGCAACAUCUGCAGAUACAAUAUGUGCUGUACUCUCCAUCCAGAAUACUAAGUGCCCUGUGUUUGACUUGGACACUGAUGUGAAGUACCAGGGAAAAUAUCAGACUAUGACAACCCAAGGGGCUAUCACUAUAGAGAAGUCAGAUUACAAAAGUGGCUCUUUCUUUGUUGUUCUUGUGGUGAAGCCAAAUGAUUAUGACUGUACUGAUGGAAUUAAUCAGAUGCCACCAGCAGGGGUCAGUACUACCAGGCAAAAAAAUGUCACCAUAAACAUUAGCAAAACCAUAUCAAGUUCUCAGUAUUACAGAGCCACGUUGAUUGCGGCAGCAUUUUUUGCAGCAUUUUAUGUGGUUGCUCUUCUGAUAGGAAUAUUCUAUCAUGGAUGCAAGGAGAAUUGGGGUAUCAUUGAUUUGACAACAUUUGAAACUUCAAUGAAUCAAGAAGAGUUAAAAGAACCUGUUGCAGAUAGUAGUGCCAUACGUGGGAGCAGAACCCAAGAUGACACAAGACAACCUAUUAUAGAAAAUAGAGGUGGAAUGGGAGGUGGAGCCCAAGGAUAUGGUUCUAUCUCAAAUCCCGCCUCAAAUCCUGCCUCUAGAUCAGCAACUGACCAAUCAAAUGCCAGGGCUGAAGAUCAGGAGUCAAUCAAUUCAGAAGAUUUUGACAUGGUCAAAGAUGCUGACCAGGAUAAGAAUAUUUUCAGAACAAAAACUGCCCUGUUUGUAGUUGAUCUUGCAAGAAAAAAUGAGAAAAGAGCGGAUAAAACCUAUAAACUCUACUACAAAAACUUGUUCAUCAUUGCAGUAUUUUAUGGGUUGCCAGUGAUACAGCUUGUUAUGACCUAUCAGACGGUUUUGAAUUUCACUGGGGACCAGGAUAUAUGUUACUACAACUUUGCAUGUGCCCAUCCACUGGGCAGAGUUAGCUCAUUCAACAACAUCUAUAGUAACAUAGGAUAUAUUCUCCUGGGCAUACUCUUCCUUAUCCUUGUUGCAAGAAGGGAAUUGUUACACAGGAAAGCUGUAGAGAGAAGUGAGGGUAGACACAAGAAGUUUGGAAUACCACAGCAUUUUGGUUUGUUUUAUGCAAUGGGGUUUGCCCUGUGUAUGGAAGGAAUUAUGAGUGCUUGUUACCAUGUGUGCCCUACAGUCUCUAACUUUCAGUUUGACACAUCAUUUAUGUAUAUCAUAGCAUGUCUAUGUAUAUUGAAGAUCUACCAGAAUCGUCACCCAGAUAUCAGCGCUAAAGCUCACUUCUCGUACACUGUCAUGGCCAUAGUCAUUAUUAUAGCUGUCAUUGGUGUGGUCUAUGGAACAAAUAUAUUCUGGAUAUUGUUUGCGAUAGUGUAUCUUGGAGCCUCACUUGUUCUCAGUGUGCACCUAUACUACAUGGGCAGGUGGCAAAUAGAUCGUUACAUAUGUAACAGACUUUGGUUAAUGAUAAUAUCGGACUGGUUGAAAUGUAGCAGGCCAGUUUAUGGGAGUCGCCUUAUCCUACUCAUUCUUGGAAAUGCUGUGAACUGGGGCAUUGCAAUAUAUGGUAUAGCCAAGAACCAGACCAAGACCUCAGAUUUUGCCAGUUACCUGCUUUCUAUAUUCAUUGUCAACCUUCUUCUGUAUACAAUUUAUUAUCUUGUUUCUAAGAUGUGGGCGAGAGAGAAGAUACCCAAGUUGACAAUAUUAUUCAUACUACUUGCUGCGGUCACCUGGGGAUUUGCUCUGUAUUUCUUUGUGGCUCAUCUAACCACCUGGCAGCUAUCACCUGCUGGGUCACGUGAAGGGAACAAGGAAUGUAUUCUGUUCCAGUUUUAUGACAAACAUGAUGUCUGGCAUUUCCUGUCUGCAAUAAGCCUCUUUUUCUCCUUCCUGAUUUUACUCACCUUAGACGAUGAAAUCAUCCUGACAAGGAGAGACAAAAUCCCAGUGUUCUGAUUACUGGGUAAAAUUCAAUGCUACGAAAAUAUCACCCACAGUGCCACGUUAAGCCUUCUCAUGUGAUACAUAUAUUGUGCUUUAGUGUUUAGUGUCUGUUAAUCCUGAUUGAUAUUCCAGAAUAAGUAUCUCAGCUCAUCUUAAGUGAGAUUUAACAUUCCACAAUACUAUGGAACUUAUACUCAAAAACUUAUAGUAUCUGAAUAACCAUGUGUGAGAUUUUUUAUAUUCCAUAAUAGUUACUUUACAGAUAACUCUGCAAGACAACACCUGUGAACGGAGACCGUGUGACUCUAAACACCUCCAGUUUUAUUUCUGAUUUAAACAUUGAAACCAGUAUUUGACUCGGGUAACUAAUGUGAACAUUGAUCUGUAGUGUAUUUUGACCUGUGAAUAACAGCUUCCUCCUUGUAAAAGACCAUGUUUUGGCUUGUCCAGAUGUAUGUGCAGGUUUGAUGGUAUUGUUGAAUACCUGAAUGAAGUUUCUGUUGAAUUCUUAAAGUGUUUUAAGUUCAUAGUAAUUUAAAGAAUGGGGCAUUGGUUCUAUACAUUCCAUUAUGAGUAAUAAUAUGGCAGGUAUAAAAUGUGUUCCUUGUUGUUUGAUGUUUAUACAACCCAUGAUGCCAAACAAUCUUAGAUUUUUAAAUCUAGACAAAUAUAUUGUAUAAGUCUGCCUUUUUUUCAUUUGAUAUUUUUUUAGUUUCUUUUAUGACUUAAAAAAACAACAAAAAAACUAGGAAUUUGCAAUAUAUGGUACCCAAGCUGUUUGUGUAUUCAGUAUGUAGAUCCAAUUCCACCAUUUUAAGAUUAUGUCCUAAAUUCUAAAAUAUUAGACUCUGUCCAUGACAACUAUGCUAUUACCUCCUGAUAACCUGUCUGCUUGAUAUCAGCACAUUCCAAACAUUACCUGAAUGUCAUUUGACAUUCCAUUUUAUUUCAUUUUUUUAUCAUGCAUAACUGCUGAUAUAUUGCUAAGCCAAACUCACAUUGCUAUUUUCUGCAUUGUUAGAAGCUGCUGUUUCCUAAAUAUUUGACAUGCUAAGAUUUAAUAUGUAUGUGAGUAUGUGUACAUGUAGAAUUGUAUUACCAGUAUACUCUUUCUGAAUGACUUGCCAGUCAGUAGUCAAAACUAUUGCCCAAGAGUUGAAGUACCAAGGGCCAGUAGUUUUGACUAUUGACCUGCAUGCUAUUCAAUAACUGUUUCAUUACAUGACAUCAGAAAUAUUUUCUUUCCUUUUUUCUUCAAGUUUGAAUUUAGUAUUGUUCUACUGACUGGCGAGUAGCACGAACUGUGGACCAGCAAUUUAUAUAAGGAGUCAUUGUAAUAAUAUACACAAUAUGUGUAGUACCUGUGUGUCGAGGUAGAAAACAUUGCUAUUAAAUUAGAGAAUAUUGCUUCUUUAACGAAAUUUAGACUAACACAUUUAUAAAACAUUUGCCAUAUCUUAUUUUGCUGUGCCAGAACAUGUCUUUUUACCUGUGGUAAGCCUAUUGAUAAACUAUUUAGACAUUGAGUGGACUCUUAAUAUUAUAAUGAUUUACUUCACAUAUGUAUACAUGUACACCUGUUGAAAUGUCUGCCUCUCUGAUGACAUAUGCUUUGAUUUUACUACUGUUUUUUUUUGUUUUGUUUUUAGCUCACCUGUCACAAAGUGACAAGGUGAGCUUUUGUGAUCGCGCGGCGUCCGUCGUCCGUCGUCCGUCCGUGCGUCCGUAAACUUUUGCUUGUGACCACUCUAGAGGUCACAUUUUUCAUGGGAUCUUUAUGAAAGUUGGUCAGAAUGUUCACCUUGAUGAUAUCUAGGUCAAGUUCGAAACUGGGUCACGUGCCAUCAAAAACUAGGUCAGUAGGUCUAAAAAUAGAAAAACCUUGUGACCUCUCUAGAGGCCAUAUAUUUCACAAGAUCUUCAUGAAAAUUGGUCAGAAUGUUCACCUUGAUGAUAUCUAGGUCAGGUUCGAAACUGGGUCACGUGGGGUCAAAAACUAGGUCAGUAGGUCUAAAAAUAGAAAAACCUUGUGACCUCUCUAGAGGCCAUAUUUUUCAUGAGAUCUUCAUGAAUAUUGUUUAGAAUGUUCACCUUGAUGAUAUCUAGGUCAAGUUCGAAACUGGGUCAGGUGGGGUCAAAAACUAGGUCAUUAGGUCUAAAAAUAGAAAAACCUUUUGACCUCUCUAGAGGCCAUAUUUCUCAAUGGAUCUUAAUGAAAAUUGGUCAGAAUGUUCACCUUGAUGAUAUCUAGGUCAAAUUCGAAACUGGGUCACGUGGGGGUAAAAACUAGGUCAGUAGAUCUAAACAUAGAAAAACCUUGUGACCUCUCUAGAGGCCAUAUUUUUCAUGAGAUCUUCAUGAAUGUUGGUCAGAAUGUUCACCUUAAUGAUAUCUAGGUCAAGUUUAAUACUGGGUCAUGUUGGAUCAAAAACUAGGUCAGUAGGUCUAAAAAUAGAAAAACCUUGUGACCUCUCUAGAGGCCAUAUUUCUCAAUGGAUCUUCAUGAAAAUUGGUCAGAAUGUUCACCUUGAUGAUAUCUAGGUCAAGUUCGAAACUGGGUCACAUGCGGUCAAAAACUAGGUCAGUAGGUCUAAAAAUAGAAAAACCUUGUGACCUCUCUAGAGGCCAUAUUUUUCAAUGGAUCUUCAGGAAAAUUGGUCAGAAUGUUUACCUUGAUGAUAUCUAGAUCAAGUUCGAAACUGGGUCACGUGGGGUUAAAAACUAGGUCAGUAGAUCUAAAAAUAGAAAAACCUUGUGACCUCUCUAGAGGCCAUAUUUUUCAUGAGAUCUUCAUGAAUAUUGGUCAGAAUGUUCACCUUGAUGAUAUCUAGGUCAGGUUCGAAACUGGGUCACGUGGGGUCAAAAACUAGGUCAGUAGGUCUAAAAAUAGAAAAACCUUGUGACCUCUCUAGAGGCCAUAUUUCUCAAUGGAUCUUCAUGAAAACUGGUGAGAAUAUUCAGCUUGAUGAUAUCUAGGUCAGGUUCAUAACUGGGUCAUGUGCGGUCAAAAACUAGGUCAGUAGGUCGAAAAAUAGAAAAACCUUGUGACCUCUCUAGAGGCCAUAUUUUUCAUGAGAUCUUCUUGAAAAUUGGUGAGAAUGUUCAUCUUGAUGAUAUCUAGGUCAAGUUUAAAAGUGGGUCACGUGCCUUCAAAAACUAGGUCAUUAGGUCAAAUAAUAGAAAAAGCUUGUGACCUCUCUAGAGGCCAUAUUUUUCAAUGGAUCUUCAUGAAAAUUGGUCAGAAUUUUUUAUCUUGAUGAUAUCUAGGUCACAUGUGCUCAAAAACUAGGUCACUAUGUCAAAUAAUAGAAAUAACGACGUCAUACUCAGUUCAACACUGGGUCUUGUGGGGAUAGGUGAGCGAUUCAGGACCAUCAUGGUCCUCUUGUUUAAAUACUUUAAUCCGCAGAAAAUGUUUUCAGGCGAUAAAAGGAAUUUUGAUUUUUUUCUGCACAGAACUAGAUCAAUAUUAAAUUGAGCGUUCAUUUUCUAUUCAAAACUAAUAUCUUUGAAACUUUUUAAGUUUUAAAACUUAGAUGACACAUUACAUAAUUAAUGGCUACAAUUUUCAUACUAGAUAAAAGUUUACUUCUACUAUUUGAAGAGUGUAAGUUUUGUUUACCUUGGAGAAGAGCUGAAUGAUAAAUUACAUGAUGCAGUGAUGACACUUUUUGUUUUAUAAGAUACAUGAAUUAUGAUUAAAAGAAAAUUAUAUGUAGAUUAUGUAUGUAUCAUCUCAUAUGUAUUUGUUUGUAUGAGAGAAAGACAAAAAUCAUUUACUGGUUCAAUACAGUGUAUAAUAUAUAGUAAAACAUGUAUUAAGCAGUCAGCCAAGGGUGUUUUACAAUCUGUCAGUUUCAAGAAGAUGACUGACUGAUACAAGUUUUUUUUGGUGAAGAAGAAUGAUUGACUGCUUAAGACAAGUUGUUUCUUAAUACAGGUGACCACUAUGACAGGUUCAACUGCAUUGUUCAACUGUAUAUUAAAAUAACUUGUUGUUGAUAAUGGAUUUUGCUACAGUAAUAAAUAUUAUGUCUUAGAUAUGAGAAUUAUUUUUAAUGUCUGACUUUUUCUGGCAUUAGAGUCAUAUAUCUGCUUCAAACUAUUACAUAAUUAUGUUGUUUUUCUUUCGCCUGUCUUUCUGCAUGAAUCUGAAUAGAGUCCUGCUGAAAGUUCAAUAUCACACUUUGGGUUCAAGUGUAAUAUUCUAUUGUCAAAGGGAAAUUACUUACUGGAAACAAACUUCUGUAUCCUAACAUGAUUUAGUGGGCCACUCAAUGACCUAUGGACACAUUCCUAAUUUUAAUAUAUAAAGUCUGAGUGAGAGUGACUUUUAAAUUCUUGUUUAGAUCUUGCAUUGAAUUAUAAAAUUACCAGAUUAAUUUGUAGGUUAAGCUUGGUCAUGCACAUAGAGUCUCCAGUUUUUGUUGGACUGCAACAACGCUUUUCAGAAACCUCUGACUAACUCGUAACUUUAUUACAGAAAUAAGCUGGGUUACAUGAAAAAUCCAUGACAAGUAAAGGAAUAAGCUUAAACAAUAAGAGCGUUAUUAUUUGAUAUAGGAAUAACAAAUCCAGUGUGAGCACAAUUUAACUUUACUGUUGUAUUUGUAGCUUUAAAGGGGCACACCUUUAGGUUAAUGUCAAAUUUUCAAAAUUUAGAAAACACUUCCAUUAUUUAGUACUAACUUGUAAAUAAGAAAGUUAGUCCUAGACAGUAUAUAUUUAUAAAAAAAAAUCUUCUUGAGUUACUAGAAUACAGUAAAACCAUUUAUUUGUAAGCACAAAAUUCUGUGGUUUGACCCAGAACAGGUACAGCCAAACCUGUCUAUAAAGUCAACCCUUGGGAGAGCCAAAAUGUUGUCUAUUGGUGGGUGGUCUUUAUUCACAGGUUAAAUACACUGUAAAUGUUAAAAUGGGAAACAAAACAUGUGGUCUUUAGAGCCAGGUGGUCUCUGUUCACAGGUGGUCUUUAACACAGGUUUGACUUUACUUUGUUGGGAUAAGUUGUCAUGGAUUUCAGCUUGAAUACAAAAGGAAUGGAAAUUUUACUUGUCCAUUGGGGUUUAAUUUCGUUGAUUGACUCAACCAUGAAAAGAUAAAUCAAACAUGUUAAAGGUUUCACAAUGACUAGAAAAUCUUUAAAGCUUCAGUCAUAGAAAUGUUAUGUAAAAUGAAAAAAUAUUUAUCUGUAUAUAGUAUCAUAUAAUAAUAUAUUUGAUUUUGAUAUUUUAUUUGCUUUACUGUCUGUUUUAUAAUUUAAGAUAUUGUUAUGUUUUUUUCUUUUUUAGCUCACCUGAGCACAAAGUGCUCAUGAUGAGCUAUUGUGACCACACUGUGUCUGUCAAUUCAUCCUUCCAUCGUCAACAUUUGUGUUUAAACAACAUCUCCUCCAAAACCAAUGAGUGGAUUUUGAUGAAACUUGGCCAUGAUGUUCCUUGGGUGGUCCUCUACCAAAUUUGUUCAAACGGUUCCACUUGGUUGCACAUAGGGGCUGCCAGAGCUAAAAAUAGAAAAAACUUCAAACAACAUCUCCUCCUAAACCAAUGGUUCGAUUUUGAAAUAAUUUCACACAAAUGGUUCUUAUGUCACCCUCAACCAAGAUUGUUCAAAUUAUACCAAUUCGUCGAAAAACAUGGCCGCUAGAGGGCGUGGUCACUUUUUCCUAUAUGUAUAUAAUACAUAUAUUAUAAUAGAAUAAUUUUACACAAAUGGUCCUUGUGUGACCCUCUACCAAGAUUGUUCAAAUUAUUUUGUCGCCAGAGGGCGUGGUCACUUUUCCCUUAUAUGUAUAUAAUGGAAACUAAAAAUCUUCUUGUGUGAAACUGCUUGUCCGAUUUUAGAAUUAUUUUACACAAAUGGUCCUUGUGUGACCCUCUACCAAGAUUGUUUGUAUUAUUUUGAUUUGUCAAAAAACAUGGCCACCAGAGGGUGUGGUCACUUUUCCCCAUAUGUAUAUAGUGGAAGCUUUAAAAAUCUUCUUGUGUGAAACUACUGGCCCGAUUUUAGAAUAAUUUUACACAAAUGGUCCUUGCAUGACCCUCUACCAAGAUGUUCAAAUUAUUUUGAUUCGUCAAAAAAAAAUGGCCGCCAGAGGGCGUGGUCACUUUUCCCUAUAUGUAUAUAGUGGAAACUUUAAAAACCUUCUUGUGUGAAACUGCUAGCCCGAUUUUAGAAUAAUUUUACACAAAUGGUCCUUGUGUGACCCUCUACCAAGAUUGUUCAAGUUAUUUUGUUCGUCAAAAAACAUGGCUGCCUGAGGGCGUGGUCACUUUUCCCUAUAUGUAUAUAGUGGAAACUUUAAAAAUCUUCUUGUUUGAAACUGCAAGCCCGAUUUUAAAAUAAUUUUACACAAAUGGUUCUUGUGUGACCCUCUACUAAGAUUGUUCAAGUUAUUCUGAUUAGUUAAAAAACAUGGAUGCCAGGGGACAUGGUCUCUUUUCUUCUCUGAAUCAAUAAUAGCUAGAGCCUUGAUAUUUGGCAUGUGAUAUCAGAUUUGUAAUGUCUACCAUAAUUGUUUAAAUUAUUGCCCUAGGUUCAAAAGUGCGUGUUACAUGUAUAUAAUAUAGGCUAACAUAGAAGAAACCUAACUCUGUACUUAUAAAAACACUUGAAGCCUUGUACACAGGUGAGCGCUUUAGGUUUAAUGACCCUCUUGUGUGAUACAUGCCCCUUUAAACAUAUCUGUAACUGUCUAUCUUACCUUACUGUGAUCCUUCACAGUUUUGAUGGGAUUGUGGGAUGGAGAUUCAUUCCCAGAAUUGUUAAUCUUGUUGAAGACAAAAAUAGCUUUUAUGUUGUCCAUCUAUCGGCCGAUCAAUCCUUUUACUUCUUUUGUAUCUUGUUGAUAUCUCCUAAACCCUUUGAAAGACUGUCAUGAAACUCAGCUUAAAUACUCAUAUCAUACAGAACCAUGUGCUAGAAGGUCUGUUAAAACCAACAUUAUGGAUAAUAGAUUUAAACAUUAAUGCUGAUCAAAAAAACUUAUUUUUGCCAAGACUCACAUUCUAUAAACUGCUGUAGAAUUACAUUUUUUGUAGAGUUUAUACCUUUGAAUUCAGUCUAGCUGCAAACAAACAAUUUUGUUUUUUUGCUAAAUGUUCACAGAAUAUCAUGAAAUUUUGAAAACUUAAUUAAGGAUUAAUCAAAUCCUGUGGUGCGGAAAAAAUGUUUUUGCCCAAAUGUUCAUUACAUACCUUACGAGCAAAUCUAUUCAAAUCUGUUUCUUCAUGUGCAUUGUUAUUUGUACUUAGCCAUACUUAACUAUAUCCCCGUCUUGUUCGCCUAUACUUUCUUUGUACUUAUAUCAUAUUUAACAGAUCAUGAAAUGAUAUUGUAUAGUUAUCUGUGUAAUUGUUCAGUCAUAUUCUUAAAGAGACAGAUGAUGAUAAAUCUGUAUUUUUUCAGUUCCUUGUUCAGUUCUUUUAUGCUUAUGUUAGUUUAAUAUUCCAGCUUCCAAUAAGAACAUUUUCUGGAACUAAUUACUGUAAAACAUUGAAUAUUCAAGUAGCUAUGGGACAGGGAAAAUAUAAGGAAAAUGGUCUGGUACCAGUUGACUUACUUGCUCAAGCAGUUUAUACUUGUACGAGUGGGCUGGAGGAAGAUCCCUAUUAAUUUUUUUGGGUCGUUCAAAAUUCAAGGUUAUGGGAUCAAAAUUCAGUUUUCUCUAUGCAUUAUAUGUGCAUCAUUGAAAUACUUGACAAGCUACAAAUAUAUUUUUACUGCCAAAGACACACCAUUCCACCAUUCCACCUGUAAAUGUUGCAUUCUAGUCAGAGUUUCCUCAGACAGACUGACAAAAAUCUGUAUAACUGAUGAAAAUGUGCACUGGUAUUUUGUGUCUGUAAGAAGUAUAUAUAUAUUUUUUCUUUCGAAAGAAAUCAUGAAAAGUCUUGCUGUAUAUAUGUGAUAAAAGUCAUAUGAUAAUCAGCUGUAUAGUUACAUUUAGGAUAAAAGUUGAUAAACAUAUUCUCUUCUACUUUUGUUUUCCAAAACGGAAAAUAAAUUUCCUGUUCAUUAAAACAUUCAUGAUAAAAAGUAGACAAUGUAUGAUCAGUGUCUGUUACUGUUUGAUCCACCCUUUCCUGUAAUAAGUUUUUCCUUGAUUUCUCUGUAGAUAUGACCAUACCAUAGAUAUUAUAUAUCAUUCAAAAUAACUCCUUGGCUGAUAAUACAAUCUUUUUUAAAUGUUCAAAACUUGCAUCUUGAUAAGUUUUGAAAUAUUUUGAUUUGGAAUUUUGCUUUGUAAAUUUCAGCUAUUUUUCACACACAAAAUGUAAAAAAAAGACAGUUACCACUUUAUUUCUUAAUGGAUUUUUAUAAAACUUCCAUGAUAUCAUAGUGUAGAAGCAACAUUUACAUGCAAAAACUUAGGAAAUAUUGAAAAGAAAUAACUGUAUAAUCCUUCCACAAGAAAGUGGGGAACUGUCUUUUCAGUAGAGAAUGAAAUGGUGUAAUAGUUAUUUUCAGUUAAAUAUAAUUAUAUUGUGUGCUUUUCAAAAGACAUAUAAUAAAGUUCCUUGUGCAGAAAUUAGAAAAAAAGGCCAUAUUUAUUUACCUGUGUAUUUACCUGUGUAUGAUUUCGUCUAAAGUCUGACUCCAACAGAGAUAUAUUGUUAAGAAAUUUUAUUGAACUUGUCUGUGCAAGUGUUAAUUUAUUGUUAUAGUAUUGUUAAUGCAGUAUUUUUAUGAUUAAAGUUUUAUGUUACAUCAUGUCCUGGCCUAUUGUAUAUGAGAAAAGCAAGGACUAAAUUUGUUUUCGUGAUAAACAUUACAAUGUCUAUUGUUCCUUAGACCUAAGGUUUAUACCUCUUAUGUAUUGCUGGAUGAAUUUUCGUAAAUAAAAUGUGUGAAUAACAUUUUAUACUGAAGAA